AUGGCUCCCCCAGACCAUCCGCAGCAGCAGCAACAGCAACAGCAGUCGCAGUCGCAACCGUUCACGCCGAGCUCGGCCUCAACAAUCUACGCAUCGCCGGCUUCAGAACAUCAGCGCUUGCCGCCGCCGCCGUCGACAACGACAUCAAACGGACUUCCACCACCAAGCGCAACACCAUCGUCUUCGUCAGCAACAGCAGCGCCGUCCCAGUCCUACCCGUACCACAUCAUCAAGACGGAGGAGAGCGUCGACGGGAACUCGGCAAGCCCCGACGGCCAGCAAAACUCCGACGAGCCUCCUAAGAAGAAGCAGAAGCGCAACAAACCAACCCUGUCAUGUCACGAGUGCGUCGAGCGCAAGACCAAGUGUGACCGGGGCAGGCCGCAUUGCCUGGCUUGCAUCAAGCGUCAGACAGAGUGCAAGUAUGCUCACGUCGCAAACCUCCUCGAGGAAACGACGAGGUCGGCCACAAAUGGCCGGCGGAUGACCAAACCACCGAAGAAGAAGCCCUCAGAUGUCAACACGAUCCCAAACAUCGCCGACAGGGGUCUCAUCGAAGGACGCGGUUUCACUUCUCGCGGUUCGGUAGGUUCCAUCGGAUUCUCCUCCUCGACCGGCCUCUUGUCCAAUGUGCCCUAUUCCCUACCGACGGCCAGCAAUGUCUUCGGUAUCGGCUCCGAGCACCCAUUCGCCAACUACUGGACCUGCGAGGGCGGUCUACCCGAGGUUAUCUCGGUCCUGCCGGACAAGAUCCAGGCCGACAUCCUGCUGGCGCAGUACUUCGAGUGCGUCGACCCGGUGUAUCCCAUGAUGCACCGGCAGACGUUCUAUGCCGACUACGAGCACUUUUGGAGCCUCGGGAACGAGGAGAAGAACCGUGUCGAUGCGGCCUUUGUCGGACUUAUUUUCGUGAUGCUGGCGCUGGGGACGCAGUUUGUGACGUCGACGUCGCCGAGGGACGGAAAGCAGACGGCCGAGUUUUAUGCGUCGGCAAGUAACCAGGCGCUGCGCCUGUCUUCGUAUCUGAGUGCUGCUUCAUUACGAUCUAUUCAAGCCAUGGUGCUGUUAACUUACUUUUUGAUCAACGACAACCAUGCUUCAGAUGGAUGGGCAUUUGCAGGAAUACUCAUACGCCAGGCCUACGCCAUGGGCCUGCAUCGUGAUCCCAACAUUGUGACCCCCGAUGCGAGUAUCUUUGAAAAGCAACAGCGCCGAAAAGUCUGGCAAGCCGUCCUUCUCCAGGAUACCUUUCUCACAGUUCUUGUUUCUCUGCCCCCGUCGGCGACUCACACCGACGUCUCUGUCGAAGACCUCCUCGACGACGGUUCGGCAAUCGCCGCAAGCGACCCGACCGACAUCGCCUACAUCCGCGGCUCCUGGACGCUCGCCAACCUCGUACAAGAAACGAUUUGCUCGCCACGCUCGCUCGACAUGCCCAUCUGCACCACGGCGCGGCACAAGUCUAAACUGGUCGCCGACUUCCGCGCCGUCUACCGCUCGUUCCCGGACGUGUUCCGGUCGUGGGACUCGGACAGCCUCACAGCGCUGUCGAGGACGAACAAGCGCGUUGUCCGUCAGACGCUGUUUCUGACGAGCAACUACCACCACAACAUCAUGCUGGUGCACGCAUCGGAAAGCCCCGAUGUGCCGGUUAAUGUGCGGGGGACGCUCGAAGCGGCGCACGAAGCCAUCAACUCGUUCUUCCUGCUGUUCAACAUCUUUGAACUCGAGGCGCGGGUGUGGUGGGUCUUCAACCACCGGGCCUUCCUGGAGGCGCUAUGCAUCGGAAGCGUGCUCCGGGAGACGGCCAAGGACCCGGUCGCGGUGGAGGCGGCGGAGCGGGACCCGCUGUUCGUAAGGGCCAGGGCUGACAUAUCGCGCAUGAUUCAAAUCAUGGAGUUGAUGGGCGAGGGCGACCAGGGGUCCGACGUGGCUCGAGCCCGGGUGCAGGUGUUGAAGGAUCUUCUGUGA